GACAGUGAUGUUCGUUGAGCGCUGUGGAAGCAAGCAGUUAGCUCACUGCUCAGGUUGUUUUCAAUCAACAAGAAUGCAGCCCUAGGAAUCAAAGGACUGGUUUGCUAUUCAAUUUUGAGUUGUGAGAGGGAAGUAGUUUGAUGCUACGAUGACUGAGGGUAGUCCUGCACACGCCAAUAGGCCUGGAGGGUCGAGAAUAAAACAGCAGACUUUGCCAGCAUGGAAACCCAUUUUUACAGCGAACUGUGUGGUCCCCAUUUUCUUCGUAUUUGGGAUUAUAUUUAUCCCUAUUGGUGUAGUGCUGCUGCUGGAAUCUAACAAGAUCAAGGAGAUGUCGCUAGACUACACGAGCUGCACAACGCCUGCUAACCAAUCAUGCAGCCUGUUGAGAGAGAACCGCACUGAGCAGGUUAUGCGUGAUGCGUGUGUAUGCAAUGUAGACUUUACGCUAAGCGAGGACUGGCCCGGUACAGUGUAUGUGUACUAUCGCCUGACGGAGUUCUAUCAGAAUCAUCGACGCUAUCUGAAAAGUGUCAAUCAAGAACAACUCCAAGGCGAAACAGCUCAGACAUCCGGCUGCAUUCCGAAUGCUUUUCAGAGUAGUGAUAGUCUACCUAUUAUGCCAUGCGGAAUGAUAGCCAACAGUCGCUUCAAUGAUUCGUAUACGCUGUUCAGGAGUGGUAACGAUACAUCCCCAAUAGAUUGGCGUCGUGACGGUAUUGCGUGGACCGAAGAUACCAAUUACAAGUUUGGCAAUCCAACCAGCUUUGCCGGUAGUGCUCAGCCAGUGUACUGGCAAGAGAACGUGUCUUCUUUGCCUGGCAUGAUGCUGAAUGAAGACCUGGCUGUGUGGAUGCGCACAGCGGCACUGCCCAAGUUUAGAAAGCUCUAUGCGCGCAUCACCGACGGCCUAACCACUGGAAACUACACUAUGUCAAUCGAGUACAAUUACCCUAUCCGACGCGGUCACAAAACGUUUGUGCUGAGCACCACACGAUGGAUUGGUGGGAAAAAUUCGUUUCUGGGCAUCGCGUACUUGACGGUUGGCGGACUCUCGAUAGCGGGCGGAUGUGCGCUUCUGCUGAUUCAUGCUAUCUAUGGCAAGAGAAAACGUGAUGUCAGCAAGAUGCACUAAGCGAGAAAGCAAGAAAAGCAGGUGAAAGCAGAGAUCGCCAUUCAUAAACAUAUAAAAAUCCGUUCCAUGUAAGAAAAAUUGUAUGAAGCCAUGUAGGCUAAUUGCUAGCCUAGCCAGGCAUGUUUUAUUAUGCACAGUAGGGUUUCAUGUUUAACUACUUUGGAAAUAAUAUCUUGCAUGCACAUACACACAUAUACACGCACACACACAUACACACACGCAUACACACAUACACACACGCAUACAGACAGGCAAGCAUGCACUCAGACACGCAAGGUUAUGUUUAUGUUCAAUGUCAUGUCAGGUACACACAUGCACAAUAUACAUGCUAGUUGAGUAAGGAAAAAUUUUCAGUUAAUUAUUAAUCAAUGCGUUUUGCUUUUGAGCUAGUGGAACGUUUGCUGUACUCACUGCCAGCUUUCAUCAUCAGAUUCGUAAACAUCCUCUGUUAUUGAUGACGCCGGUGGUGGUGCUGCUGCUGCUGCCACCGCCGCCUGGCUUGAUAUUGCGGCUCCUGGAGCUAAGUGUUCGAUGUUUGUAGCCUACAGAAAUGGCAUAGAACAGCAAUAGACCAUUGGCGUGACUUUCAGCUGUACAAAUAAUCAUAUGUUCCUUUCACUGCUGUUGGCAUUUUUUGGUGUGAGAUUGAUAAUAGUUUUUAAAGAGAUUUACCAACCUUGCUAUCACCCAGUGAUUCCUUGAUCUGAUGUUGACUUUCUUACUCUCCUUUCUCGUAGUUUUUUUAAAAUUCUUUACAACUGUACAUAUUUUUAACUGGUCUACGCCUUUACCUUGUCUAAGUUUUUUUAGUCACUACUACUGCUGCUGCUGUUGUUUUAGUGCUGCAGAAUCUAUAAUGUACGUGUGUAUUGAAAUUUGUGUCAAAUGACAAAUCAAUGUAGAGUUAAAAACUGUAA